UGCUUAUGUGACGGAUGUUGAAUUGUACAUUCAUAUAAUUAGCAGAAUACUGCAGAGUGAAAUUCCAAAAAUAUCAUGGCGAACAAAAUAUCCGUAUGCAGCAUCGUACUGUUUUCGCGAUUUCUGUUAAUCAGCUGCCCGAACGCCGGUGCAAUUACUGCAGAAAAAAAGGUGGUGAUAGACACCGAUGCAGGUGGUGACGAUGCAGUCGCCGUUGUCAUGGCUGUAGAGAACGAAAGACUCAACGGGAGCACGAAAAUACUCGGCAUCACAUGCGUAAACGGUAACGCUGACGUCGACACCGUCGGUCUGAACGUUCUCAAGAUACUGAAGGUCCUCGACAGGCUCGACAUUCCAGUGUACAAGGGUGCAUCCCAUCCAUUGCUGUUGCCCGACAAGAAAGAUUAUUAUUUCGGCCAGGAUGGAUUCGGAGAUUUUUAUUACCCUGAUCCUCCCUCGACUGACUUGAUCAAUGAGACGCACGCUGUGAACGCGAUGAUUGACCUCGUGAAGCAGUAUCCAGGCAAGCUGACGAUCCUAGCUUUGGGACCACUGACGAACAUCGCCUUGGCUGUUAGAAUUUACCCGGAAUUCCUGGACAAUCUAGAGGAGCUGAUCGUCAUGGGUGGAAGUAUCGAAGGUCGAGGAAAUUCGCAGCCCGGAAUUGAAUUCAACUUUGCUGCUGAUCCGGCGGCAAACUUCAUCGUUUUUAACUCGUCAACGUCGAAGCCGACGACCGUAGUAUCUUUGGAAUCAACUCUACGAGCUGGUGUACCAAUGGCGUUAAGGAAUGAAUUGUUCAACUUGAACAAUUCAAAAACCUGGCUAAUCCAGUCAGCGACAGCUUUGACCGUGAAAUCAGACGACGCGGUUACGUACUGGUGUGAUUCCGUUGCUGCAUCCGUGGCCCUGACUGCCGGUUCCAUUGUGACGGAGUCGAAUACUUACUUUUCGGAAGCUAUUUAUGACGGAACGAAAACGGCCGGAAUGAUUAUCGUCGACUAUACGAAUAUCACCGGAAAUAUCCCCAACACUAACUUGGUACAGAAUGUGAACGUAAUCGCUUACAAGAAUAUAAUUCGCAAAUAUUUCAAUUGAUUUAUUUACUUCCUUGUUGUAAUUUCAAUAUCAUCUUUACUCAAAUUUUAAAUGACAAAUAAAUUACAGACAAGUCAGGAGAACUUGACG